AUGGCCCUGAUGAAUUUCUUCUUCCCUGAUGAAAAAUCAUACUCUGAAGAGGAAAAUAGGCGUGUUCGCCGCAAUAAAAGAAGCAAAAGCAGUGAAGGUACAGAUGGUCCAGUUAAAAACAAAAAGAAGGGAAAGAAGGCAGGGCCACCUGGGCCCAAUGGUCCCCCAGGACCUCCAGGACCUCCAGGACCCCAGGGACCCCCAGGGAUCCCAGGAAUUCCUGGCAUUCCAGGAACAACUGUUAUGGGACCACCCGGUCCUCCUGGCCCUCCAGGUCCUCAAGGACCCCCUGGCCUCCAGGGACCUUCUGGUGCUGCGGAUAAAGCUGGAACGAGAGAGAACCAGCCAGCUGUGGUGCACCUACAGGGCCAAGGGUCAGCAAUUCAAGUCAAGAAUGAUCUUUCAGGUGGAGUGCUCAAUGACUGGUCUCGCAUCACUAUGAACCCCAAGGUGUUUAAGCUACAUCCCCGCAGCGGGGAGCUGGAGGUACUGGUGGACGGCACCUACUUCAUCUAUAGUCAGGUAGAAGUGUACUACAUCAACUUCACUGACUUUGCCAGCUAUGAGGUGGUGGUGGAUGAGAAGCCCUUCCUCCAGUGCACGCGCAGCAUCGAGACAGGCAAGACCAACUACAACACUUGCUAUACAGCAGGCGUCUGCCUCCUCAAGGCGCGCCAGAAGAUCGCCGUGAAGAUGGUGCACGCCGACAUUUCUAUCAAUAUGAGCAAGCACACCACUUUCUUUGGGGCCAUCAGGCUGGGAGAAGCCCCUGCAUCCUAGAUUUUCCCCAUUUUGCCCCUACCCAUAUGCCCCUGCCCCAGGUUUGGGAGCCUGGACUCCCAGAACCUCUAAGUGCUGCUGGUGGAUUGAGGUAUAUUGGCAUUGCAGCCACAGAGAGGAAAUGCACCCCCACCCCCACCCCCACCCCAGUGCUAUUUAUUCCCGCGGUGACUCCAGGAUGACCAGGCCUGCUUGACUUUCCAGAAUGACCUUGAGUUAACAGGACAGUUGAUGGAGCCCCAGGAUUUCCAAGAAGCAAAAUCUUCUUAGGCUCCAUGUUGACUGGCUUAUGGCAUGAUUCUUCAACCCCAAGGUUCCUCUUGUGAGACUUACUGCUUGUUGCACUAAAAUGAGGACCCAGGGCAGCAAGCUAGAGAAAGCAAAGGUGCACUCCACAUGCUGGAAGUGGCCAUCUGAUCCCAAGGAGGCUGCUGCUCCUCUCUUGGCUUGGGCUAGGGGUGAAGGGAGUAACAUUAGAUUACAGCCUGAAGAGAGUGCCAGGGAGGAACAAGGUAGAUGUUUGUAGCCAAGAUUGGGGCAAGAAACCUGCCAAAGCACUCACCCUUGGCAAUGGAAGCAAUCUUGCUGUUCUGCACAGUGACUUGCAGGAGAUUCAAAGAGCUCUUCCCAGGCUGAGAGCCACAUGGUUGUUAUCAGUAUGCUGGGCUCCAGAGACAGGAGCUUUACUCUGCCUUGGAAUAACCCUGCCUGUGGAAGAACCUGAAUCCAUACUGCAGGCACAUGUCUCUCACUUUGUUUACAGCUGUGCUCCAUGCUCAAAAAAACUGCUUGGGGUACCUUCCCAGUUACCACCCUCUCCAGCCUGACUAGAGCUCCUGUCUUCUUUCGCCACAGAGCCUACCUCUGUCUGAGACAGGGCCUGACCUGGGACCUGUGCUCAUGUGAGUCUGGGAUAUUCUUUAGCUUACCUUAGCACUAAGAGGAAAUUUCCAUUUAUAAAGCAAUACAAGUAUUAUUCAUCUAAUUCUAAUUGAACUGUGUCUAGAACAAGGAGUUGAACUGGAUGACUCUCCCAACACAAAAAGUCCCUUGGCAUUUUCAUAUUCGUGACUCUCAACAGACAUCUGCCACAAUAACAUAAAUUCCCAAAUCCUGGACUCUUGGGCAUCAGCAGAGCAGAGCUUUUCUGCCUAGCCUGGAAAAAGCAAGAGGCAGAGAUAGCAGGGGAAUUUUAUCUGAAUUUACUGCAAUCCAAGUAAUUUUUAGGCCAGGUUCUAGCAAAAAGGACAAGUACUGGUGGCCUGAUCAUCCAGUCUUAUUUCAGAAAGCUACACAGAGUAUAGUCACCAAUCACGCCAAAGGUCCAUGAUAUUGCCCUAAAGCCAGACAUUGGGCAGGGAUCUAUCCCCUAG